CUUUCUGUCUGUAUCUAUCCCAUUCAACCAUUUGAUCAAAACAUAGUUGCUGUUGCAUUACCUCGCAUCGGAUCCCAGUUCAACAGUUACGACCGGACAAGUUGGCUGAUCACCGGAUACUUGAUCACAUACGUUGCAUUUCUUCCUAUCUUUGCAAAGCUCAGCGGCAUUUUGGGCACCAAGCACGUCCUCCUUGGAUCGUGUGCAAUAUUUGUGACGUUCUCCGGAGCAUGUGCUGGCGCAAGAAGCAUGGACGAACUGAUUGUAUUUCGAGCAUUACAAGGUGUUGGAGGGUCGGCUCUGUGGUCCUGCUCGACGACUUCUAUUAUGACUAUGAUGCCUCCGGAGGUCAUGGCAAAGUACAUAGGCAUCACGCCUAUGAUGUAUGCCAUGGCGUCCGUUCUGGGUCCAAUAAUUGGUGGUGUUAUUGUCGCAAACAUAUCGUGGUCCUGGAUAUUCUGGAUCAAUCUACCAAUCGGAGGAUUUGCAGCCUUACUGCUACUCAAAUGUAUUCCUCAACAGCUGCAGCUCGGUGGACUUCCACAGUUCAGCUGGAAGUCAAGGACCGUCCUCGCGCCACUCCUGGUAUCCAUAGCUCUCAUUCCCUUUCUCAUCGUCGUUGAAAUGCGGUCAAAAGAGCCCAUUGUACCGUUAUAUCUGUUCAGGAUUCAUCGAAACAUUCCCCUGAACAUGAUAUGCACCAUUGGCAUGGGCGCCGGUCUCUUCGGCACGAUCGUGUUCUUGACACAGAGGAUGCAGGUUGUUGAUCUUCUCAGUGCCGAGACCGCGGGUGUUCGCAUGCUUCCCAUGCUGUUCACUUGCGGUUUUCUCAGCGCACCCACAGCAGUCAUUAUCUCCAAAACGCACUCCUAUAUGCCUCUGCUCUGUACGACAGUCGCUCUAGCUGCCGUUGCCGGUGGCCUACUGAACCUACUUGCUUUCCCGACUCGGUUCGGGGAGCAGUAUGGAUUCGAAGUCAUACUUGGCACUUCUCUUGGGCUAGCAAUUACCGUUACCACCGUCACCUUUCAAUACCCUAUUCCACCUCAAGAUGUCCCACCCGCCCUUGGGAUUCUUUCUACCUCAAGGAUGCUCGGCGCUCUUCUCGGGAUUGCGUCUUCUUCGACAAUCCUGAACUCAUAUGUCCGGCGUAGGUUGCAAGAG